AGAGGACAUCCGGUUGGUCAUAUGAUCGUCUCUUGGCUGUCAGCUGUCUUGCAGCACCUGGUAGCAGUUGACGUUGAGGAUCCUUCUCCUAUUGUUUUCUUCCAGCUAUGGCAACUUUGGUGGCAAACCGGGCAAUGGACAACGGCUUGGCGGCAGCGGCGAGGACUCACACCCAAGCUGUGACCAGAAAUUACAUCUCUCAACCGAGACUAACGUAUUCUACGGUGACGGGUGUAAAUGGACCGCUGGUCAUUCUGGAUAAUGUAAAGUUCCCCAGAUAUGCAGAAAUUGUCCAUCUGACCUUGCCUGACGGCACAAAGAGGAGCGGUCAAGUCUUGGAGGUGAUUGGGAGCAAAGCAGUGGUUCAGGUGUUCGAGGGGACGUCAGGCAUUGAUGCCAAGAAGACGGCGUGUGAGUUCACCGGGGACAUCCUGCGUACGCCAGUCUCGGAGGAUAUGCUUGGGCGAGUGUUCAAUGGCUCAGGCAAACCCAUCGACCGUGGACCCAGUGUUUUGGCUGAGGACUAUCUGGAUAUCAUGGGUCAGCCCAUCAAUCCCCAGUGCCGCAUCUACCCAGAGGAAAUGAUCCAGACUGGCAUCUCGGCUAUUGAUGGCAUGAACAGUAUCGCCAGAGGACAGAAGAUCCCAAUUUUCUCUGCUGCUGGGCUGCCCCACAAUGAAAUUGCAGCCCAGAUCUGUCGCCAAGCCGGCCUGGUGCAGAAGUCCAAGGAUGUGAUGGACUACAGCUCGGACAACUUUGCCAUUGUGUUCGCUGCCAUGGGGGUCAACAUGGAAACUGCUCGUUUCUUCAAGUCUGACUUUGAGGAAAAUGGCUCGAUGGAUAACGUUUGCCUGUUCUUAAACCUGGCCAAUGAUCCCACGAUUGAACGAAUCAUUACACCUCGCCUUGCACUGACGACAGCAGAGUACCUGGCCUACCAGUGUGAGAAACACGUCCUGGUCAUUCUCACCGAUAUGAGCUCUUACGCUGAGGCUCUGAGAGAGGUCUCUGCUGCCAGAGAGGAGGUGCCUGGACGUCGAGGUUUCCCAGGUUACAUGUACACUGACUUGGCCACCAUCUACGAACGUGCAGGCCGAGUGGAGGGCAGGAAUGGCUCAAUCACCCAAAUCCCCAUUCUCACCAUGCCUAACGAUGAUAUUACCCAUCCCAUUCCUGACCUGACGGGAUACAUUACCGAGGGUCAGGUGUAUGUGGACAGGCAGUUGCACAACCGUCAGAUUUACCCGCCCAUCAACGUUUUGCCAUCUCUGUCCCGUUUGAUGAAGUCGGCCAUCGGUGAGGGUAUGACCAGGAAGGAUCACGCCGACGUCUCAAACCAGCUGUAUGCCUGCUACGCCAUAGGCAAGGAUGUUCAGGCCAUGAAGGCCGUGGUGGGAGAAGAAGCCCUCACCUCUGAUGACCUGCUCUACCUUGAGUUCCUACAGAAGUUUGAGAAGAACUUCAUUGCCCAGGGUCCAUAUGACAACAGGACCGUGUAUGAAACCUUGGACAUCGGCUGGCAGCUGCUCCGUAUCUUCCCCAAGGAGAUGCUGAAGAGGAUUCCUCAGAGCACCUUGGCCGAGUUUUAUCCCAGGGAGUCUGCUGCUCGCCACUGAGACACCUUGAGGAACAUCUGCUCCUCACCCUCCCUAUCCUCAUCCUGGCUUUAUCAAGGACACCAACCUUGUUAAGUUAGCAUCCCUCAGCAAUCCCCUUUCUCACACCGUAAGAUAAAGUAGUGACUUGUGUACUGUAGUGUACUGUACGUAGCGUCUUGCUGUUCAAAGUAUGUGAUGUGUAAAAAGUGACCGCGCUUGUGAACUUCAUGGGUGAACUUCAGCCCUUAUUUAUUCUGCUGGAUCCUCUACUGUCCCAAAUAGCAAAUGAAGCGUGUUGCACGUGAUACAAGCUGGAAUAACAACGUCCCUGUUGAUGUCAGGCAGGUGGUACUCGUGCUGUGUUUACAAUAUUUGUGCUUUCAUCCUUGAUUUGUUGUGUAAAAUGUAUAAAAAAAAGACAUUCCCAUUAGCAAAAGCUAAUUCUUUGUUGUGCAGUCAGUAAAUGGUUUUGUCAACAGAAAUAA